AUGGAUUGGAGCAGCCUUCCGACGGAUUUGCAAGAAGAAGUACUCUCUAGGGUUCCUGCUAAAUCUCUGGCACGAUUGCGUUCAACAUCAAAGCAAUGGAAUACUCUAUCGAAAUUUGCUAAUAUACAUUCUACUAAUGCACAAAAGGAGUCUCUUAUUGUUAUGAUGGAGAAUUUUAGGGUUUGCUUAGUAAGGGCCAAUUAUCUCCAUGAAUUUGACAUCAACAUUGCUCCAUCGGUUAACGUAACAUCUCAAUUCUACCUUGAACAUCCGCAGUUCAAAUCAUCACAAGUCGAUAUAUGUAAUGUCUUUCACUGUGACGGCUUAUUGUUAUGCAGCACCGAAGAUGAUAAACUCGUGGUAUUUAAUCCAUGUUCAGGAGAAACCAAGUGGAUUGAACCUAGAAACCACUACAAGAACACCGAAUUCUAUGCUCUUGGUUACGACAACAAAUCCUCCUGCAAGAAUUAUAAAGUCUUGAGGGUUGAUCGCCGCCAUGUUCGGGGUGUCAACAAUGAGUACGAAAUCUAUGACUUCACCACUGAUUCUUGGAGGGUUCUUGGUCCCACUACCGAUUGGUUGUUACCACGAAGUCAUCGUGGCGUGUCGGUGAAAGGAAAUACUUAUUGGAUUGCUUGUUACAGUGGGGGGCCAUAUCAUGAAUUCUUACUAAGUUUUGAUUAUUCAACAGAAGGGUUCCAAAAGCUGCCUCUUCCUCAUCAAUCUGGUUCUGUUGUUAAGGUUUUAUCAGUGGUUAGAGAAAACCAACUUUGUCUCUGUGUUACUAUUUCAACAGAGUUACAUGUCUGGGUGACAGCAAUUAUUACCGAAUCAGUCAUGGUUUGGAGAAGGCUCUUUAAAGUGAACGCCAGUUUACAUUAUGACUUUUCCAAUGGGGUGAGUUUGUUGACCAACGAGCAGAACAAGAUUAUGUUUUGUUGCAAUAAUUACAUAUACGUAUAUCCCGAUGGUGGAAAUGUUACAUGCAAAUUACCUUGCUCGCAUCUUCUGAAUUAUGUUCCAAGUUUAGCUCAAAUACAACAAGGGUUACGUGACAUGUAA